CGCCGGCCCGCAGUCGGCCGCCUCCGUCGAGCGAGCGGCACGCGCAGCUCCGCUCCGCUCCGUGGCGGCGCUCGGCCUUGCUUACCUGGCCUCAGCGUGCGGGGGACUGACGGACCGGCGCUCUCUUGUGCUUGUCUUAACAGACUUGUGAACCGGAAUAAACCUUCAAGUCUCGGAGGCUUCUGGCUCUGAACUGCCUUUGCUACUGUCGCCUUCUUCUGUCUAAUGUGCUACAAGGAUGAGCCCAGCAUUUGGAGCUAUGGAAGUGGAGCACUAUUCCAAGGGAGUUCUGCUCGAGCCUUUUGUCCACCAGGUUGGAGGACACUCCUGUGUCCUCCGGUUUAAUGACAAGACCAUCUGUAAACCCCUUAUUCAGAGGGAACACCAGUUCUAUGAGACUCUCCCAACAGAAAUGCGUAAAUUCACUCCGCAAUAUGAGGGUGUGGUGUCAGUGAGCUUUGAAGAGGAUGAAGAUGGAAACUUGUGUCUAAUAGCAUAUCCAUUAAAUGGGGACCAUGAUAACUUAGAAAACUUAGAUAAUUCUGACUGUGAACCCAAAAGUAAGCUGUUGCGAUGGACUAACAAAAAGACAAUGUUGUUAGAAAAUGAGAAGAUAUCUAAGGAAUGGGUCCGACAGCAUAGGAAAGAGGAAAAAAUGAAAAGUCACAAAUUGGAGGAAGAAUUUGAGUGGCUGAAGAAAUCUGAAGUCUUGUAUUACACUGUAGAGAAAAAAGGAAAUGUCAGUUCACAGUUUAAACACCAUAAUCCUUGGAGCAUGAAAUGUCACCAGCAGCAGUUACAGCGGAUGAAGGAAAACGCAAAACACCGGAAUCAAUAUAAAUUCAUUUUGCUGGAAAACCUAACAUCUCGAUAUGAAGUACCGUGUGUGUUGGACCUUAAGAUGGGAACCCGACAGCAUGGAGAUGAUGCAUCAGAAGAGAAGAAGGCUAAUCAGAUUCGCAAGUGUCAGCAGAGUACAUCAGCUGUUAUUGGAGUACGAGUUUGUGGCAUGCAGGUCUACCAGGCAGGCACUGGCCAGCUAAUGUUCAUGAACAAAUACCACGGAAGAAAACUCUCAGUCCAAGGAUUUAAAGAAGCACUUUACCAGUUCUUUCAUAACGGCAAAUACCUGCGCAGGGAACUCUUUGAAUCUGUCAUUAAAAAACUGACUGAACUCAAGGCUGUCCUAGAGAAACAGGAGUCUUACCGCUUCUAUUCGAGCUCCUUGCUGAUAAUUUAUGAUGGAAAGGAAAGGCAGGAGGUUGCUGUCGACUCAGACCCAGAGGACUUAGAGGACCUUUCAGAGGAGUCUUCAGAUGAGUCAGCAGGAGCAUAUGCCUACAAACCAACUGCUAGUACUGUUGAUGUCCGUAUGAUAGACUUUGCCCAUACAACCUGCAAAUACUAUGGAGAAGAUAGUGUGGUGCAUGAGGGCCAAGAUACGGGUUAUGUUUUUGGACUUCAGAAUUUAAUAGAUAUUAUUAAAGAAAUAAGAGACGAAAGUAGCGAAUAAACAGUGUUGAAUGCACAUCAGUAGAAAGCACUAUUGUGACUCUUUGUAUUCCAGAAUUAUUGGCCACUUUCUGGUGGUAGGAAUCUUUACAGGCUCUGCAGGGAUGGUCCUGCCAGAGUCAGACUUGUUCAGAGGGCAUUUACUUAUAUUGGUGCUGGACCUAGCACUGGCAAAACUUGGUAUCCUUAUUUAUUUUAACUUUCUUAAACAUUCCAUAUUUGAUUACUCAGAUACCUCUGUUAUCCCUGUGUGUAUACGUUCCAAUAAAAUUCUUUUUGUUCGUUGUAA